AUGGUUUCGCAAUGGACAACGGCUUCAGUCGUCAUUACGGCCUUACCUCUCACAAUCGUUAUAUUGAUUGGAAUUUUUGGAAACUAGAUGGUUGUGUUUAUUAGUGCGAAAGGAAAUAGAGUGCGUACGAAAGGACGUGCUCUCAUCGCAAGUUUAGCUUUGGCGGACACUUUGGAAUCGCUAAAUCUCCUUUUUAUGCUUGUAUCAGUGAUCAGUUAUGGAAAGUGGAUUUUCGCAGACGAGCUGUGUCAAUUAAACGGAUUUAUGACAACAGAGUUUGUCAUUUCGUCCAUGUACAGUCUGACUGCGAUAAGCAUCAACCGUUACUUUAUCGUGGUGAGACAGAAUUACUAUCGCAGGGUUUUUAACGCAAGGAAUCAAGCAUUGAUGAUUGCAUUCAUCUGGUGCAUCCCUCUGCCAUUUGCAAUUGGACCUUUGUUUGGAUGGUCAAAAUUUGUGUUCCAACCCGGCAAAUGUCUUUGUAUCUUCUUCUUCAGUCACUCAGUCGUUUUUUCCACGGCGCUUCUCUUCGUCGCUGUUCCUUUACCCAUCGGGAUGAUUUCUUUCUGUUGCUUUAAAGUUUACAAGCAGGUACCAGAGCAUUCGCGACAAGUAACAUCGAUGGCUGCCCGUGCACCGUCUGUUAACGUAGAGGAGGUACGCAUCACAAAGACUCUCACUGUGGUUAUCGGUGCCUACCUGAUUUGUUUCAUACCAGCUGCUACAAUAAACUUAAUUGAAAUGGUCCAACCCAGCUUUAAAAUCCCACUUUGGUUCGACAUUUUUUCCAUGAUACUAGUGUUUUGCAAUCACGCCAAUAACCCUGUGAUUUACGGCGCGUUGAACAAACAAUAUCGCCGCGCUUUCAAGGACAUCUUGAAAAAUCUUCUGGCUGGCCGAUGCUCUUUAGAGAAAACCUCAGACAGCUCGGCAAAUAACAGAUGA